AUGGAUCUCGCUGCUACUGAGUCGCACAGAGGAGGCAGCGGCGGCGGAAUAAACACCGACAACGGGGGCACUCCUGCGAUGACGGGAAGUGGGGAACACCAACGUACGUCGGCAUCGGCGGGAGCAGCGGCCGGGGGAAUGCAACCACAAGCUGGAGGGCAAGGAGUGUACGGGAGGGAGGAAGUUUCAGCCCUGAAAGGAAUCUUCAACCUGUAUGACGCCGAGAACACAGGGACGAUAGGGGUGAAGGAGCUCGAGGGCAUCCUUCAGAAAGUGGGACAUAAUCCCGAUGACGUCGCUCGUGUCAUGGCCGCGGCGGCAAACACCGAUGCUGGCAUGGAUGGCCGAGUGUCUUUCGACCAGUUUAUCCGCCUCUUGGAGCAGGCGGGGCCAGCGGGGCCGCUGGAGGGGCCUGAUCCGAAGGUCAUGGAGUUCUUGCGUAUUUUGGAGGAGUACCGAGUGAAGUGUGAAGAGGGCGGGGACUACCUCGAGGCGGGGAGGGCGCAGCGGCAGCUGGAUGUGCUCCGUCGACAAGAAACGAGACGGCAGCAGAAGGCCGUGCGGGCGAGACAAUUGUGCGAGAGGCAGGAUGUUCAGGUAGCCCACAACAUGCAGUUUCAGGACUUCAACGCGGCGUGGAAUAAGUACCUGGAAGAGUACGACCGCAUGGCGCAGAUGUAUGUUCAGCAAAUGACAGAGAGACACGCCAUCGGCCUUAUGGAACACCAGAGGAAGCUGCAACAGGAGCUCCGGGACAAGCCGCCGAAAUGGUCAAAGGAACAUUCGCUAUCGGUCCCACCAUGGGCCUCGGCCUCAACCCAAUCACUCCGUCGGUCGUUCAACCCGGAUCAAGUUUCCCCGGCUUCGUACUCAAGGCUACCGUAA